CCGGUGGUUAAGAUCCGUGUUUUGUCGCGCGCCGCGGAUCGACCCGAGCUGACUUGUUUACUGCUGGAGGGACACACGGAGAGAGACAGGAGUCCAUACGAGACACGACGACCAAUUUUAGACACUUUUUUGUCUACUUUCUACUUUAUUGACGCGUCCGUUUUAAACGUGUUUAACGAGAAAGAGGUUUGUGGUUCGGUUUGUGGUGUCGGGAGGCUUUAAGACUGUCGUUAGUGACGGCGUGGCGCUCACGUCCAACACAAACCGCACCAUUUUGACUCGGAAAAAAACACCAAACAGACGCUUUCCAAACGCCCGACUGAAUGCGACUCGUCUUAAAACGGAGUAUCUCCAGCGUGUGUGUGUUUCAGUGGGAAACCUGUGUGUGUUUUACAGGCUAUCAGGAGAAAUAAACACGGACUUGUUGAGGAAGAAAACAGCAGCGGAUUAAAACGCGGAUUUCUGCUGGAACGCAUCGAAAGUCGUCUCAAUAAUCCUUUUGGGAUGUAAAUAACGGAAAACGUCUCUCUCUCUUAAGUAAACAAUAGAAAAAUAACCGUGUGAGAUCAAUAAGUUCGGCGUGUUUUUGACCAGUAGUUUAGAGACUUGCUGGAUUUUCACUGAACAACCUGCAGGCCUGAUAAACACAUGUCAGAUUUUUCUCAAACCACCAUCUGGAUUUUUACUAGUUAUUUUUCUAAAGGAUGUCCAAAACGACCGGCUACAAUGAAUGUCUGCGUCGGUUUGUUUGUCUUUGAUGAUAUAAGCUCACGUUGUUUACCGUCAGUCCCCUGUGUGGACCAUCAGUAGGAGCUCCCAGGAGCUGCAGAGCCCCAGGAGCAGAACUCACUCACACACUGAAGCACCACGUUGGGCUUGUGGUCCGUGUUCGGGCCGCUUCGCCUCAACUUUUCCCAACUUUCCACUGGACCUAUUUGACUCUUUUAACUCUUGUUUUCUUUUCCCAUAAGCAAGGGUUUGUUGCAAAGCUUUGAAAGCACCGCAAAUAGGAUUUAAAGAUAUUUUUCCCCUCCCAGUAAACAGAAGAGUUUAAGAGACACGAUGCGACCGAACUCGUCACUGCUUAUGUUCGUGGUUUUAAUCAGCCUUCUGUGGCAUUAUGGAUGUUUACAUGCUGAAAUUUGCUCCAGCAAAGACAUCCGGAAUGACGUGACCAACCUGCGCUCUCUGGAGAACUGCACAGUGAUCGAAGGCCACCUGAAGAUCCUGCUCAUGUUCAAGACCCGAGCUGAGGACUUUCGUGGCCUGAGCUUCCCCAAGCUGGUGAUGAUCACUGACUACCUGCUGAUGUUCCGUGUCUACGGCCUGGAGAGCCUUAGGGAUCUGUUUCCCAACCUGGCCGUCAUCCGCGGCAACAACCUGUUCUUCAACUACGCCUUGGUGAUCUUCGAGAUGCUCCAGCUGAAGGAGGUGGGGCUUUACGGUCUGAUGAACAUAACCCGCGGUGCCGUGCGCAUGGAAAAGAACCCCGACCUCUGCUACCUCUCCACACUCGACUGGUCCAAAAUCCUAGACUCGAUGGAAGACAACUACAUUGUGGCAAACAAAAAUGAGCGCGAGUGUGGCGACAUCUGUCCUGGAACCAUCGCUGGAAAGAUCACAUGUGUCCAGACCACCAUCAACGGCCAUUAUGGAGAGCGCUGCUGGAACCAGGAUCACUGUCAGAGGAUUUGUCCUGCUGCGUGUAAACAUCACGCCUGCACGUCGUCUAAUCAGUGCUGUCAUGAGCAGUGUCUGGGUGGCUGUAAGGAGCCGGGGAGUGCCAGGGCAUGUGUGGCGUGUCAUCACUACCUGCAUGAAGACAGGUGUGUGGAGCGAUGUCCUUCCGGUUACUACACCUUUAAAGGGUGGCGCUGCGUCACCUUCCAGUUCUGUCAGGAACUUCACAACCACUGCAAACAGACCAAGAGCAAAGACUGUCACCAGUACGUCAUCCACGACGGAGCAUGUAUCCCAGAAUGCCCUUCAGGAUACACCGUCAUGGACUCAACGUUAAAUUGUACUCUGUGCGCUGGCCUCUGUCCUAAGCUGUGUACCGGAGUGCAGACGAUCGACUCGGUGACGGCGGCUCAGGCUUUGCGUGGAUGCACCGUCCUCAAUGGCAGCCUUAUCAUAAAGAUCCGCGGUGGCAAUAACAUUGCGGCGGAGCUUGAGGCCAACCUGGGUCAGCUGGAGGAGAUCACAGGCAACCUGACUAUCCGCAGGGCUUACGCUCUCGUCUCGCUGUCCUUCCUCCGGAAACUCCGCCUCAUCCGCGGAGAGGCUCCAGAAAUUGGAAACUACUCAUUUUAUGCGCUGGAUAAUCAGAACUUGCGCCAGCUCUGGGACUGGUCCAAACACAACCUGACCAUCCAGCAGGGCCGCAUGUUCUUCCACUACAACCCCAAACUCUGCCAGUCUGAGAUUGAGAAAAUGGAGGAAGUGACAGGGACCAAAGAACGACAAAUCAAGAACGACAUUGGACCUCGCACCAACGGGGAUCAGGCCUCCUGUGAAAACCAUAUUCUGAAUUUUACCAGCAUCCGUACGAUGGCCAAACACAUACUGAUAACAUGGGAGCCGUUUUGGCCACGUGACUUCAGAGACCUGCUGGGAUUCAUGGUGCUUUAUAAAGAAGCUCCGCAUCAGAACGUGACUGAGUACGAUGGACAGGAUGCUUGUGGUUCUAACAGUUGGAUGAUCACAGACGUGGAGCCACCAGAGAGGACAUCAGACAUGAAGCGUGACCCCGGCUCUCUCCUGACGCAGCUGAAGCCGUGGACACAGUAUGCCAUCAUGGUGAAAACGCAGCUGUCGGUCUCUGACGACCAGCAGGUCAAAGGAGCCAAGAGCAAAAUUAUCUAUGUCCGCACCAACGCCAGCAGACCCUCUGUGCCUCUGGACCCCAUCUCCUCCUCUAACACAUCAUCUCAGAUCAUUCUGAAGUGGAAAACCCCCUCAGAGCCUAAUGGGAACAUCACACACUACCGUGUGUCCUAUCAGAAACAAGGGGAGGACAGCGAGCUCUACAAGUAUGACUACUGUCAGAAAGGAAUGAAGCUGCCGUCCCGCACUCCCACAAACCCCAGUCAAGACACCAAUCAGAAGAGGAAUAACACUGAGGAUUACAACCACGAGAAGGAUAAGUGUUGUAGCUGCCCCAAAACCGAAGCACAGCUGAAGAAGGAGGCAGAAGAGCGCGAGUUCCGUAAAACGUUUGAGAACUACAUCCACAACGAGGUGUUUGAACCCAAAUCACACCGUCGUCGCCGCUCAGUGGGAGUGGCUAACUUCAGCCUCUCCUCAACCUUUACCCCACCCCCUCUCUUGGACAACGGGUCGUCCCCUACUCCGAAACCAGAGGAGAAGUUGGUGCUGAAGGUCGUCGGGAAAGAAUCGAUCGUCAUCUCGAACCUGCAUCACUUCACCAGCUACCAGAUUGAGAUCCAGGCGUGUAACCACCCAGAGAACCUGGAUUUCUGUAGUGUCGCCACCUUCGUCAGUGCCCGCACCAUGCCUGGGGUCAAAGCGGACAACAUUUUGGGUCGUGUGACUCAUGAGAUCCUCCCUGAAGAGCCUGAGUUUGUGUACAUCAAAUGGCAAGAGCCCAAAUCCCCAAACGGCAUGAUCAUCCUGUAUGAAGUCAACUACCAUCGGCUGUCUGAUAAUGAGGAGAUGCAUCACUGCGUAUCCAGGAUCAGUUAUGAAAAGAAUGGAGGUUGUAAAUUGAGAGUUGGACAUCCAGGGAAUUACAGCGUGCGAAUCCGUGCCACUUCCCUGGCAGGAAACGGGUCCUGGACCGAGCCAGUUUACUUCUUCAUGCCUGACAACCACAUGAAUAUGAAGAUCAUUGUCGUCCCAGUGAUUCUGCUCAUCCUCUUCUGUUUUGUUGGAAGCAUUGUCUGUGUCGUACUCAGGAAAAAACAAACUGAAGGACCAACUGGCCCCUUAAUCGCCUCGUCAAACCCAGAGUACAUCAGUGCAAACGAUGUCUACAUUCCUGAUGACUGGGAGGUGGCACGUGAGAAGAUCGCUCUCCUGCGCGAGCUUGGUCAGGGCUCCUUCGGCAUGGUAUACGAGGGAAACGCUAAAGAUAUCAUAAAAGGUGAAACGGAGACGCGGGUGGCCGUCAAAACAGUUAACGAAUCUGCCAGUCUGCGCGAGAGAAUCGAAUUCCUUAACGAAGCUUCAGUCAUGAAGGCAUUCAGCUGCCACCAUGUGGUGCGUCUGCUGGGGGUUGUAUCGAAAGGACAACCGACAUUAGUGGUAAUGGAACUGAUGACACACGGAGAUCUGAAAAGUUACCUGCGCUGCCUCAGACCUGAUGCUGAGUCUAAUCCCGGCCGUAGUCCUCCCACACUUAGCGACAUGAUCCAGAUGGCUGCAGAGAUUGCAGACGGCAUGGCCUACCUCAAUGCAAAGAAGUUUGUGCACAGAGACCUCGCUGCUCGCAACUGCAUGGUGGCUGAGGACCUCACUGUGAAGAUAGGAGACUUCGGAAUGACCCGGGACAUUUACGAGACAGAUUAUUAUCGUAAAGGAGGGAAAGGACUGCUUCCAGUUAGAUGGAUGGCUCCUGAGUCGCUAAAGGACGGAGUGUUCACUGCUCAGUCAGACUGCUGGUCAUUUGGUGUGGUUUUAUGGGAGAUCAGUACAUUAGCAGAGCAGCCAUAUCAGGGCCUCUCCAAUGAACAGGUGCUCAAAUUCGUCAUGGAUGGAGGAUAUCUGGAUCGGCCAGAGAACUGCGCUGAGAGGAUGCACAACCUGAUGCAGAUGUGCUGGCAGUACAACCCAAAGAUGCGUCCCACCUUCACUGAGAUUAUUGAGAUGCUAAAGGAUGACCUUCAUCCGUCAUUUCAGGAGCUCUCAUUCUUCUACAGCGAGGAGAACAAACCUCCUGAAAGUGAGGAGUUUGACAUGGACUUUGAGAACAUGGAGAGCAUCCCGCUGGACCCAUCCUCCUACAACCAGAGGGAGGAAGGUAGCUUCAGCCGAGACAGCGGCCCGUACGACGAGCACGUUCCCUACACACACAUGAACGGUGGCAAGAAAAAUGGUCGAAUCCUCUCUCUGCCUCGCUCCAGCCCUUCAUAACAUUUCCUCAUUGCGCUGCUCUGUUUUCUUUAUCUGUUUUUCUUAGAUUUUAAUUGUAUUUUUUCAGAGGCCCUUAAAACAGAUCUCAGGUCUUUUUUUCUUAUUUUUGGACUUCCUUCCUGCUGUGGCGACAUGGUUGCAAAACGUAUUUUCUCCAGAUUCAUCCAAAUCGCAGUUUGCUUUCUUCUGCUUUCAUUUUGCCAAGUUUCCUGGUCGAUGGAGAAAUUAUUUAAAAAAAAACUGUGAAUAUGAACCUCUGAAAACCAGAAGGCUGCUUCAGCACAACCUCUUUUCCCACUCAACCUUUUUUGCUUUUUUUUUUUUUUUUUAUUCUUAUUAUUAUUUUUUUAUUAUUAUUUUUUGAUUUUCAGAUUGUGGCCUUUAGUAAGUGGCCUACAAAACAAAGAGAAUAUCCAUUUCCUCUGAACAAUGACUUUAAAGACUGUCAGAGGACAUCUGGAUGAGGGACGGCACAACAUUUUCUAAGAACAAACAUCAUCUUUGCCUAAAGGAGGAUUUUUACUUGUGGAGGAUCCUUGAUUCUUUUCGCCGAUCCACUCUGGUGUUUGGUGAAUGCGUGCUUAAUUUAUUGGCUUUUGUUUCCUUUUCUUAGUUUUUGCUUGUAUCCUUUUUUAUGACUGAAGGAUAUUUAAAACAGUUAAGGAUUGGACAGGGGCGUUUCCUCAAGACUGACCAAAAAGCUGCUGCUUUGAUAUCUAAUUGGUAUAAAUAUAUAAUAUAUACAAUAUAUAGAAUAUUGAUGGAAUGUCAAUAUUAUAUAUAUAUAAUGGAGGCAACAUUGAAAAUUUUGUACAUAGUUCGGUUUUUUAUGUCUUCUACAGAUGUUUCAUAUUUUUCAGUAAUGAGUGUCUUUUUAUUUAAAACAUUCACUCACCCAUUAAACAGAAUCACACACUACUCAGCACUCACACAGGGAAAUAGCUGUAAUUACUAAUAUAAAAUGUAGGGGGCGCUAAUUAAAGCAGGUGAGACGGUGAGACCUCGGAUUGUAAAAAAUGUAACCCAGAUUUUCGCCAAUAUCGGUUUGUGUUCGUGGUUCAUUUUUGACUCACUGCGUUUUAGGGUUUAGCUUAACGUUCAGUUGAUGGUGAAAUGUCAUUUCAGGGUUUUAACCAUACUUACGAAAAAAAUCUCUGAAAUAAUUUUUUUUUUUUUUUUUGUCAAACACUGUUGUGUUGAAUAUUCUACACAAAAUGGCUGAAUUUUAAGAGCACUACAUCCAAAAUUGCUUUAGAAUAUGUUGCUAAUUAGCUAAGCUUUUAACAGCUGAGCUACUAGCCACUGUGACAAACACCAUGCCUCAGAACAGUACACCAUCAUAGGCUACAAAAUAUUAUCACCACGUGUUACAGCGUUGUUUAUCUUCACUUUAUCCAUAUGCCAACUUAUUACCUCAGAACUUUUUUUCUUCUAAUGUUUAGGUGUCAAACAUGGGUACUAAAUAGUAAUAAUAAUGCUAACGUCUCUGAGGACUGUGUGGUGGUCAUGAGGCUGGAUGUUAAAGCAUGAGGUUUGGUUAAACCGUUCAGCAGACAUCAAGACAUUCCAGUGAGCUUCCCAGAUUUUUCAACCGUAAUUUAAAUGUCACAUAGCACACGGGGGAAAUUUUGACAGCUAUUAAACAAAACUGAUCCCAGAAUUUGGCUGGAGACUCUGGGACUAGAUGCAUGAGAGAAGACUUGGUUUUGGUUUAAGUCACCAGAUGUUGUAAAGCAGUGAAGAUUUUAGUAAUGCAUUUAUAUAAUUUGUGAAGGUGGACAAGUCUUUAUUUGUGCUGGUUAAGUAGGUGAUACAGGGUUGAUGCGUGUAAAGGAGUGGCUAAUGUGCUAGAUGGUAAAUAGAACAUAGCAGGAUAUAAAGCCAGGAUUUAGCAUUACUGUUGGUCCUUUUAAACUCCAUAAAUGUUAACAUGGCUAAGAGAAACUAGCAUUAGUUUUCAGAAGUUAGAUUGUCUGUUAGAAUUUAUGCCCUGCUAACUUCCACAAUUCUUAAAGUGGCUAACAAAUGAGCAGAGCAUUAAACCCAGAGAAACUAGUAGAGUAUUAAACUCCAGACUUCAGCAUUAUGGAAUGCUGCCAGUAACUAAAGAUUAGCAGAGAACUAAACUCAUGAAGUUAGAAUUAACAUUACUGUGGGUAAUCAUCAAGUAAAUUAUAAAAUUGUUAGCAUACCGAUGUUAGCGUAGCAUAAAAGUCAGUUAGCACUGUUGUCGGAAAAGGAUGCUGUGUAGAAACUUGUACGAGCAGUCAGGGAAGCUAGCAGAGAAUAAAACCCACAGAAUUAGCACUAGGUUAACAGUUUUUAGCAGUCAGUGUUCCUCAGAUAGUAACUUACCGAACUGCUGACAUGGUUCAAAUUUCUAAACUUCUCAGUCUAAAGUUGUAUAACUUGAUGACAAGAAAUAAUAUAAACUCCUCACUGCUGUCUACAGGCAAUUAUCAUGAAGGUGUGUGGAAUUUUCUUCAACAAGAUGACAUAUCUCUGAUGUUUAACAUAUUUAUUUUUAUUAUCUCUAACCCAGGGUACAUCCUCGUUCAAAUAACUAGAGAGAAACAGGUAUUAUGGCUGAACAGUCAGACUCGGUUUAGUUAAAAAAUAAUUCUAUUUUUAAUAGUUUGGACACAGUCUACCUCAGUAAUUUACAGAACAGAAUUAAGCAGAGGACGUUUCUUUCUCUCUCUCUACAAUUCUGUUAUUCAGUUAACGACAUUAAAGGUGAAGUUUGCCGAUCGUCCCCAACCAGAGUUCCUAAUUUUUUUUAUUUUUUUUUAACCAAGGUUCUUUUUUUUUUUUCUUUCCAGGGGAAAAGAUUGAUUCAGCUGAUCACAUCUCAGUAUAUUUCACAAAACAAAUCUCUGCAAUGGGACCUAACCGAAGUGCAGAAAUUCUCUUCCCACCAGGACACGUCAUAUUUCAUCUUAAACCAAUAUGUGAUUUGUUCAUUUGGUAUUUAAUCUAAUCGAACCUGUUACUGUAGGACAGGGUCUCUAGACGAGAGUACACUUUAGAUUGAGCGCCCCCUUUCGGAGUUUAGUCAGCAGUGUGUGAUUACCUCUGGUCAGCGUUUCAAUACAUUUCUCUAGACUGAAUAAAGAACAGAAAAUAUCUUUUCCACAAUUUCGGUUAUAAUGGUGGUCUAGAUUAGCACAGAAGUCUAACUGCACUAGGUGCACACACUCAUUCAGCAGGGGAUCUCUGCUGCUUCUUUCCAAACUUUAUUGUAUGCCUCUAUACUUGUUUAACGAGAGCUGGUGUAUGACAGGGUUAGACGAAACCACAGUAACAAAUUUUUCUACAAAAUGGGAACUAAUGGCAGGUAAGAAUUCAAGGUGGGAGCAAGGAACUGAGUCAAAGUCACAGCACACGGUUUGUCUCAGAAAUCUUUUCAGCCGAGCGAUUUCUCAUCCCACAACGUCGUCCCUAAUGUGUAAAGAAAGAAUUGAGUUUCAGUUAAGAUCUGGUUUGUUACUGAGACUCCGGCUGUUUGUCAGGUUUUAGUGUGAAUGCAGGAUAAGGGUCAUUUUGAAAUCCAUCAAGAAGUUUACAAACCGUAUUUUUGUACAUUUAGUCAAAAGUCAGCUUUAAAUGAAGCUUUAAAUCUUUGAUUUCAAACAUGGAACUACUACUAACCUGAACGAUUUUGUCUUUUUUUUUUUCCCUUUUACUUGAUUACUGUCACAAUGGAGUUAAAUAAAACUCCACGAGAACCACUAGGGUCAGAUGGUCUUCUAACAGCCUUACUGGAGUUAACAUUACAGAGAUUGUGGACUAAAGAAUUUUUCUGUCCUUUUCUCGGUGAAUGGAAAUGUUUAAAAAGUUCUUUUCUAUGGUAAUCACACACAUGCUAGGGCUAUGGUGGAGCUAGAGUUUUUCUUUCAGAUUCAGUGUGAAACAAGGAGAAUUUACAUUCAGUCUAACAACCUCAAACAAACCUGUCGUUUUAUUCACACAUCAAACUUUAUUAAAAAAAACAAACAAAACAAAAAAAAACUGUGGAGGUGAGUGAUUAUAGAAAUGUGUCACAGGGGACACAGAAAUCCAGCAUAAGCUUUUUACACUCUUGAUUUUUUUUGUUCUCAUGUCAAAUUCUUUCUCUUGUUCUACACGAUAUGAAAUGCUCUCGUCAUGUCCCUCUGUUCUGUGAACUGAAUGUGUUUCCUCUUCAAUGUUUUUGUCUGUUGUUUCACAAUGUAUUUUUCCUUACUGUGAAAAUGGAGAGUUAUUUGUAGUGGUGUUGAUUGGUUUAGGGGAGAUGGACGCUAUAAUCCUCCCCUUUGUGCAUGGGUUAGCUCUUCUAGGACAAUCCUGUGUGCCAAAAAUGUUGUAUUAAUGUUUUACUUUUCUUUCAAACAAAUCUCUGCUUAAGAUGAAUUCUCAGGAAGGCUCGAGCAUGGGAGGCACUGCUUGCUCCCUCAGCCUCUUGAUCAUGCUAGAAAUUUGUUGCGCUCUUUUUAGGUUUAAUUUUCCGGCGGAUUCUAGCGACACGAUUGAAGAGCGUAUGUGGAGUGUCGUGUAGCCUGGAGGCUCUUACCCACAGUGCCUUGCACAGACUUCAAACCAAACCCAGCCAUCAGACUUCCCUGGACUGAAGCGUUCCUCUCAGACAGAGAGAAGAGCCUUGUUUGGGACACGUCCUGUCGUAUUAACCCAUCAGUGGAGUUUUAAAUGCUUAGUCUGAGAUAAAGGCGAACUUUUAAUGGGUUAAACAUUUUUUUGUUUGUUUGUUUUUUGUUUUUCUCUUCUUCUGCUUGGCUCAAAAUUACUGUAUGGGUAUAUGUGAAUGAUCAUAUGUUGAUGUUUUUUCUUCUUCCCUUUGUGUUAUUUUCUUUUCAAAGUUGAACUUGUCUCUGCUUGGAAUUGCUGUGGCGUUUUGCUUUAACGCAGCAAAGCGAAUGAUCAUUUUCACAUAAACUUUCAAUCAGUCCCUCAUUCACUACCAGAAUAAGAUCCUACUGUGGAAGAAAUCACAGAGCGUAUUUUAUUUAGUAAUUACAAUUAUUUAUAGAACACAUGAUGAAAAAUGUCGUACUGUAGAUUGCAGAUUGCAGGUUCCCUACAAACACACAGCACUUAAUUUUAAGUUUAGGAAUUUUUUUUUUUUUUUUUUAUAUAUAAUUAAGAAAGAAAGCAAGCUGGCAGUGUGACAGGCUGAAGACAAGGCAUUGUAUGUAUUUUAUUGUUCUAAAAAAAAGAAAAGGAAAAAAAAGGAAAAAGUAUUACAUUAUUAUUAUUAUUAGAGAUGUUCAUUUCUAUUUUUUUAGGCAAAAAAAACAGGGAGGGGCAAAAAUUCAAACUACUUUUCUGACUGUAAACUUUUUUGCUAUUCUUGUACAUUAUGAAAUGAAAUUUGCAUUAACAGUGUAUAUAGUCUUUUUUGAAAAGAAAAAAAGGAAAAGCGGGACGUCCUUUUGGCCACCGCGGUCAUGUUUGUGUACAGUCGCUUGUUUGCCUUCCAUCAAAUCAUCGCUGUCUGUUUCUAAAUGUUUUGUAUCACAGAUCUCACAUUUGUAUGUACGUGUGCUUUGUGCUAUUUGAAUGAAAUGAAACUGUCUUUGUGAUGAGGUGUGAAAACACAAGAAGAUUCAUGAAGGCUCUUCAUGAUCAUCUAAAAUAACUUAAAACGUUUUGGGAGUUUAACUAAUGCAAUGAUCCAGUGAGUAAAAUUCAAAUUUUGACCUAAUUGAAAUUUUGAAAUCCUCGGCUUUAGGUGAAGAGGCUGAUGGAGUUAACAAGUACUCAGUUUCACUCAAAUGAUUUUGUGUCGACUCCAAACAUGAAGUAAACGUGGUGUAGCAGAACACUGGAGCUUUAACGCUGCAGCUGCCGUUUGUCUUUUAGUGUAGUUUAAUAUCACGUCGCUUCACUGAUUAGACUCCACUUAAGAUUAAUGAUGUACAUUAACAUCAGUCAUUUCAAUCUGAAUCAGAUUUAAAUUCCAAAUUAAAAAUGGUCUAAAUGAUGAACAUAUUUUGUAUCAUGAUAGUUAUGUUUGUUUUGUCACUAGUGCAGCACAUUUUUUAAAACUUAUAUUUAGCAUGAAAUAAAUAAAUACGGUAAUAAAAAAAGGCGGCAAUAUGAAAAUAAAUAACAUGGGCGUGAGUCUCUUAAUGUUAAUCAGCAGUUUUGAAAACUAGAGUCGAUUCACUCAGAUGUCUAUAGUGAGUUUUAAUAAAUGCUCAUGAUAUUAAGAUUAUAUAGAAAUAAGAUUGUGAUCUAAAAUCUGGGCUUGUUUUGACUGAAUCAUGUGAGUGAGACAGACCUUCUUUACUUGUUAGCUCAUUUAGACUCCUUGCUUCAGGAAGAAAAAAUAGAAGUAAAUUUUUAGGCUAAUUUUUGAAUUCCUAGAUCUCAAAAAUUGCAGAUUUCAAAAUUUCUAAAACUUCUUUUCACCUCGCCGUUGUCUUACUGUCGUUUCUUUCACCAUUUCCCUCGUCAUGUCCUCAUAAUGCGUCGCGCUGAUAAAGCCAUGAUGUAUGGAACGCUAUUUGGUGACGUCACACACACACACAGCAACACAAGACGAAUCCAUCAGCCGUGCCAUCAGCCUCACAGUGCUCACACACUCCUUUGUGUGUAUAUGUGUAUAUAAAACCACAAACACAAGCUCCAUGACAAAAAAAGCAACUGUUUCGGAACAAAAUGUGCCAUGAUUAGCUGAAAAUCCCGCUUUCUGACUUUUUGUUUUUUCUUCCUCAAGGAGAGCCAAGCAGUGAUAUGUACAGAAAUAUGUUAUGUUGAAUGACAUGAAAAUCUUGCUGUGUGUAAAUUAUUCAACAAUUAACUGUUUAUAUAAAAGAUUAUGAAUAAAAAAACUUAUUGGAGAAA